GAAGUGAGCAGUGAACCCAACCAGUGUGAAGUUAGCUGCAGUGGCGAUAGCACGCGUAGUGUUUCGUUCUAUAAAUUAUAAUAAUAUUAUUAUUGUCAAACUAUUUGUUUAAUAGAGUUUUCAAUCUUAAGGAAGAAUGGCAAAGGUUGCGACGACGGAAGCGCUGAGGUUCAUGACAGAUUGUCUGAAGGCUGUGGGCACCGCUGCGAAGGCAGCUCAGCAACAGGCGGAACUGUUGAUUGAAGCCGACAGACUUGGACAUCCCAGCCAUGGACUUAACAGACUCGAGUUUUACGUGAAUGAUGUAGAAUCCGGUGCUUGUCAACCGAAUAACGAGCCAAUAAUAUUAAAAGAAACCCCGUCAACAGCGUGGAUUGACGCUAAUAUGGUGCUGGGUGCUACCGCUAGUCAUUUCGCGAUGGAUGUCGCCAUAAGCAAGGCGAAACAGACUGGUGUGGGAUGGGUUUCUGUCAAAGGUUCAAAUCACAAUGGUAUGGCUGGAUAUUGGGCUCGACAAGCAGCUAAUAAGGGCAUGAUUGGAAUGGCAUUCACGAAUACUUCACCGCUAUUAGCGCCAACCAGAAGUAAACAGUCAGCACUGGGCACAAAUCCAAUAUCGGUGGUGGCACCAGGAUCUGAUUCUGAGACUUUCUACUUGGACAUGGCAACAACCGCAGUAUCUGUUGGAAAGAUAGAAAUGCAAAGACGCAAAGGAGAACCCCUACCCAGUGGAUGGGCACAAGGACCAGAUGGUAAAGAAACACGCGAUGCUAAUUUGGCUUUCCAAACCGGUUGUUUGAUGCCGUUGGGCGGCUCCGAGCAAACUUCUGGUUACAAGGGAUAUGGAUUGGCUGCUAUGGUGGAACUCUUUUGCGGUAUAUCAUCAGGUUCAAAUUACGGCCACCACAUUCGGUCCUGGUCUCAUAGCGGCGAAGGUGGACCCGCCAACCUGGGUCACUGUUUCGUUGCAAUAGACCCUGGUUGUUUUGCCCCCGGCUUUGGUGAUCGGUUGGCUGACUGCAUGAAACACUGGAGGCAGUUGGAACCGACAGAUCCAAGUCUGCCGGUUCUGGCGCCAGGAGAUAAAGAAAAGGAAUUUGCAGAGAACACGGAUUCUGAGGGUAGUGUGUCGUACGUUGAGCAACAGAUAAAGUCUAGUGCGGCCUUAGCUAAACGUCUUAAUGUUAAGCCAAUGAGUGUUAAGUAAUAGUAUAUUUCAUUACGAGUGCGGCAAGCCUGUCAUUGCAAAGAGUACCGACAAAUGUCUAACCUCACCUUCGGCGCACGGAACAAGUUGCAAUGACGGUUCCGCACGUGUACUGAACAACUAUUUUUAAUACAGUUGCGAAAAAAUGAAGCAAUUUAAUAGAAAACUAACGAAUCAUUUAUUUCUUAUAAAAAUUAUAUUAAGUUUUAUAAAAGUUAUAAUAAAUGAAACCUAACCCAACACAUUGAAUCAAAUCAUUAAAUCUGAUAUUGAAACAAAUUAGUUGCUUCUUUUUUGAAAUAUUUUCAUGAAUCAUAAAAACUUCUAUGAUUUUUUUUUAAAAAACUUCGUGGUUGGUUUUUUCUUUUUAUUAGACAUUAUUUUGACAGUUGGGAAAGAGAAAGCACGAGUUCGGAGAAGGUAAAGAAAAAGCUCGAGUUUAUAAUUUCUUGCAAUACGUCACUUUUUGAGCAACUGUAUUAAAAAAUACAUUAUCAUUCAUCUUUUAUAAGGGAAAGUAAAAUUUGAAAAACAUCAUUUUAUGAACGAUGCGGGAUUCGAACCCACGACCUCCGGCGUUCCGUGCCGGUGCUCUAACCAACUGUAAAAUAGAUCCUGUAGAUGAAGCCACAACCUGAGAGUUGAGCAAAGCAAACAGAAUUUUAUAACGAGGCGGUACUCGAACGGUUAGCUCAGUUGGUUAGAGCACCGGCACGGAACGCCGGAGGUCGUGGGUUCGAAUCCCGCAUCGGUCAUAAAAUUUUGUUUUUCAAAUUUUAUUUGUGUAUUAAUCCUAGAAGUGAGGGUUAUCAAUUUAAAAACAUAACAUAUUGUUAAGGGAAAGUAAGUAAAAAAUAUAUGUAGAACAUCUUAGCGAUAAAUAGACGAUACAAGUGGGAAGACGCGGUGCGGGGGGGAAGAGGAUGCUUGCCGGCGAACACUACUUUAGUGCCGGUAGAGCAGUAAGGGCUAGCACUUCUUUUUAAACCGUAAUAAUUUACAAAAUUAUCUGUUUCAAUCUGCCUACUAGUAAAUGUAAGUAUUAUUUUCAAAUAAGUUAAAUUUAUUUUAAUUAGUAAGUGAGUUUUCAAUAAAAAGGUUAGGUUAAUAAAGAGCGAAGAUGUUAAUUUGUGUUUUAUAGAUUUUAUGUUAGCGACGCUACGAAUAACAAUCCGAUCGAUUGAAAAUAAUUGUUAGUAGAUGUGUGUCGACACCCCUAUUGGCAGGGAAUAGGGAUGUCGCGUACAAUCAACGCUAUUCGCGAAGAUGUUCUACUUUAAUUGGAGUCGCGCGUAGUAGAUAUCAACGAAAAUUAUUUUUUACAAGCGACUAAAGGGUAAGACAAAACACCUUAAAUAUCUGCUUAUAAUUUUAGGUUAUAAAUAAUUUUUGAGACUAGGCCUAUUAAAAGUUAAGUAACUCUUUAGUAUUUAAAAAAAAUACUAAUAUGUGAUAUUAUACAGGAACAGACAUAAACUUAUAAUGCCUACUACUCGACUAAGUCAAGUUAGUAAGUCUUCUGUGGGGCGAUGUAUAUGCUUUUACAAAAUCCCAGAAAAUGUACAAUUCAAAUACGAAAUUCAAAAGAAUAGUUAGAAAAUGUUUGUGUGGUAAAAGUUACUAUAACAUAAAUGCCUUGCUUAGUGAUACCACAGAUUGGUAAUGGAGCGUCCGCCCUUAGGUUAUUGAAUAAUAACUUUAAUUGUGCGAUAUUACUUUGAAACCAUAUUUUUUACGAAAACAGCCCGCUGAGUUUGUUGCGCCCGUUCUUCCCAGGUCUGAAGCAUAGGUACUUUUUGGAAUGAGUGGUAGUUUUUGACUUUAGAUAAGUGAUAUUAUAUCCGAUUUUGAAUAAAUAUAUUUGAAUUUUUAAAAACACAUGAUUUAUUCUAGGACAAUAUUAUAUAAUUUUCUAGAUUAACACUGUUUUCUGAUAACAGCUUUUAUAUUAUUAGACGUUAAGUAAACAGAUUUAUAUUUAAAUAAAUAUUUUACCGACUGUAUUUUUUUUUAUAUACGUACUCAUAUAAGUAUUAAUAGGUAUAAAAAUGAUCAUUUAAAAAAAUUAAUUAUGUAUUAUCGUCCGGAAAUUGUAGCCAUUGUAAACGUAGUUCGGAUGUUAUCAGAUCAAAUCGAUUUUUUAUCGACUUUAUAAUUCGCAAUUUUGUAUCAACUUUUUAAUAAAUGUUUAUUUUUCUUUAAA